AGGGUCCUUGACGUCACCUUAGUAACCAAGCAGUGCAGGUACACAGAAGAACAGGACGGAUACUUCCGGGGUGAUGUAAAAAUAAAUAAAUGCAAAUUAUUAACCUCUAAGCGAUUUGUUUAGACUUUACAGAUCAGGAGUUGGUGAUGGGAAUUAUCUUUUGAAAUAAAAUGAUAAAAAGCACGAGCACGCCUGACGCGCAGCCGUACAGCGUCUCAGAGCCAGGCAUGCUACAGCAUUAGCACAGCGUCACCAGCAGUUCACCAGCAGAUAAGACGAAACACCUCUAGCGGCUUUCUCCUCUAAUGAAUGCAUAAUUUACUACAAAUAUGGAAGCUAAAAGGGACAAAGAGUAUGAAACAGAGUGUGCAAAGAUCACUCCUGGGCUCCUGAAGUCCCGAACUGGGGAAUUUGAUUUGGAGUCCAUUUUAUUUCUCAAACUAAGGAGUCUAGGAAUAUAUGAUCUUGGAUGCAUUGGAGAAUGUAUAAACCUGGAAAGGCUGGACCUCUCUGGGAAUAAUAUUACAAAUCUAGCACCUCUUGCAUCACUCCGACUUCUGCUUGUGCUUAAUCUGUCAGCUAACAGGAUUUCCAACAUAGAACCCCUCUCUAGUUGUGAAAGUCUGCAGAGUCUGAAUAUGGCAGGAAAUCUUAUAUCCAGCAUUGAUAGCCUCCAUGCUUUGAAGUCUUUACGAAAAUUAGAGAGUAUUAGGCUGAAGGACAACACCUACAAUUACACUAAUCCAGUUUGCAAGAACACCUCAUACAGAAACACAGUCCUUGAAAUGUUCCCAAACAUCAAGGUGUUCGAUGGGGAACGGGUGGUUGGACGCGGAAGUGAUCUGUACCAACUAUGCAAAGACAUUGAUGACACAAUAAAAGCAGGCAUGUAUAAAAAUGGCCAGCUGCCAGAAGUGCCAGACUGUAAGCCAUGGGUAGAAGAUGGGUUUUGGGAGAUAAAGAGAUCAAAUAAUGCCAUUGUUGAAGAAGCCUACAAACAAUUUAAUGAUGUUCUUCAUGAAUGCAGGCUGCUAAACAGAAGAGCAGCUCAUGCAAUCUCACAGACUGAGAGGACACUUGGCCUCAAAAACCCACCAAAGCAGUAUUCUGUUUGAAAUAAACACACAUCGCCACAAUUAAACAGAUUUUUGAUACAUAUUCUUUUCAGUUGAUUAAAAAAUUGCCACCACACACCUGUUUCAAUUUGUUUUUAAAAGAUCCACAUGCUUGACACAUCACCAGUGCCAGUGCCAGAACUCCUGAAUAUUCAGUGCUUGGAGGGCAAGGCUUUAACUGUUACUGAGCCACUGUAACUCCACUGCUGAGCUCAUGUUUAUAGACUUGAGACUCAUGAUGGUCAAACUGAGACUUUUUUAGAAUUGUCACUCAAAGCUGUGUACAGUAUGUUAUUGCUUUUAACAGUGCUGUGUCUUUUAGACAGUGAAAUGUAUGUUGUGAUGCAUUUAUGCUAUUUAUUGACCAUCUUAGUUUUUCCUAUGAUUCACUCCUUACUGACACUUUGUGUGUUUCAUAGAAUUGCACAUUGUUUUUGUAAUUUUACAUUGUUUGAUUUUCACAUUCUGCCUACAUUUUUUCUGACUCUGAACUACCCCAUGAUUUGUGAUGCAUAUAAAUAGAUAAAACACA